UUAGAGUGCAACUAUAAGGGCCGAGAAUACAACAACGGGGAGAUAUUCAAAGAUGGCUGUCAAUCUUGCAAAUGUUCUAACGGCCAGGUCUCGUGCAGGGAGGAACGCUGUGCCUACUGCUAUUAUAAUGGUAAAAAAUACCAAGAAGGGGAGAACUUUCCCGCCACUGAUGGGUGUAACACGUGUACCUGUGGUGGAAAUGGCAGUGUGGGAUGUACCAAGAUAGGAUGCCCCAAGUUCUGUUUUUAUAACGGUCAGAAGUACUCAGUGGGACAGAAGUUUCCCGCCACAGACGGCUGUAAUACAUGUACUUGUGAAAGUACUGGAGGGAUAUCCUGUACAGAAAUGGCCUGCAAUCCAGGCGGAUAUACUGGUUGACAGUGCUUGGAUGAUAUGAAAAUGAAAUACCAAUUGUUUGAUCAUACCUGACGAUUUCUUAUAACAUGUUUAUUCUGAUUGUUUAAAUACUUGUUACAAUAAAUUUAUAAAAACUG